AUGGCAAGUUUAACAGUUUUGUUGCGUCAUUCUGGCAAGUGGAACGAUGAGGGCAAUUAUAUCGAUUUUGCAAUUGAGGGAAUACUGAUUAAGGAGUAUGCCUCCUUUAAUGAUCUAGUUGCUUCAAUUUCUAAUCAACUGGAGCUUAUAGACGGAGCAGUUCAAAUGUACGAUUCCGAUACUGAUAAUACACUGGCUAUAGAAUUUGUCAAUUCAGGAGAAGUGAUUGGAGUGUUCGAACUCCACAAUGAUUUGAUAAUUUCAAAAACCAAUCAAAAGGAGGUUAUGGCCGGACAAGUUUAUAAGGAUAAGGCUACAUUGAAAGAGGUGAUGGAGAAUUAUGCUAUAGAUCAAAGGUUUCAAUUCCGGGUUGAUCGGUCUAAUGCUGUCAGCUAUGCAUUAUUAUGUAUUUCAGAAGAUUGUGAAUGGAGGUUUAAGGCUUCAAGCAUUAACAAAUCAGAACUAUUCAAGGUGAGAGAAUUCAAUGAUAACCAUACAUGUCCGCUGAAGGAUAAGGUGUACGAGCAGUGGCAGGGUAGUAGCAGCCUUAUAGGUGGUAUUAUAAGGCCAAAGCUUACAAACCAUAAGAGGAAAUACACUCCGAGGGACAUUAUUGACGAUGUGAAAUCAGAUUUAGGUGUAAAUGUUAGCUACAUGUUGGCGUGGAGGGCUAAAGAAAAGGCAAUGAAUUUUCUUAGAGGUGAACCGGCUGAUUCAUACAAAAAAUUACCAGGAUACUUAUAUACAAUGGAUAUGACAUAUCCAGGUUCCCACAUCAGAAUGGUAAAAUCGCCAAAGAAUGAAUUCAUGUACGUGUAUAUAUCAUUGUAUGCCUUUAUAAGGGGGUUUGAUCAUUGUAGACCAAUUGUUGUUGUGGAUGCAAGUCACUUAAAAUCUUACUACACCGGGACAUUCGUUUCGGCAAGCACGUUGGAUGGUGCAGGUCAUAUAUUGCCACUAGCAUAUGGUGUUAUUGAUUCAGAGAACGAUGCUGCUUGGACGUGGUUCUUUGAGCAAUUCAAGAUAGCAUACGGUGUAAGGGAAAACAUGUGCAUCGUUUCAGAUAGAAAUGAGAGUAUCAUUAAAUCUGUAUCGAGAGUGUAUCCGGAUGUACCGCAUUUUGCUUGUAUAUGGCAUCUAUGGAACAACGUAUAUAAGAAAUUCAAAAAGAGCCAUGCCAAGUUGAGAGAGAUAUACUUUUCGAUGGCAAAAGCAUACACAGAAGCUGAAUUUGACAGUCUAAUGGAGAAGGUGGAGAAGGUAGAUAUAAGGGUGAAAGAAUACUUAGAGUUAGCUGGUUACGAAAAGUGGGCUAGGUUGUAUGCACCUGUUAACAGGGGAUGGACAAUGACAUCAAAUAUUGCUGAGUCAAUCAAUGCCGCACUAGUUUCAGCAAGGGAAUUGCCAAUAUACGACUUCCUCGAAGAAGUUAGGAAGAUGUUUGGACGUUGGAAUUGUAGUAACUGCAAAGAAGCUACACAGACAUACAAGACGCUUGGGAAAAAAUACCAGGAGAUGCUGGAGUUGAAUGAGAGAAUGUGUACACGUAUGACUGUGGUACCAUCAAAUGAAUACUUACAUACGGUUAACGAUGGUGGGAGGAAUUAUACAGUCUGCCUGUUAGAGAGAAAAUGUGUUUGUGGGAGGUUCCAAAUUGAUGAAUUGCCAUGCCCACAUGCUUGGGCUGUAUUGAAGAGCAAGUUUCUAAUGCCAGAAUAA